CUCACGCUUCUCACUGCUGGUACGCAUGCGGUGAUGAACGGUUGUUUUUGUUUUCAAACGUCGGACAAACCGGUAAGGUUACGAAUUACUUCGCACUUACACGUCGAUUAGAGGUUGAGAGGAGAAUUUUGCGAAUCUACAAAAUAACUGAAAGAGAUUGAUAGUGAAAAUCACGAGGGACUGAUUGUAGAUAUUUGACGCAGAAAAUCACAAAAUGUCCAGCAUAUUCAACUUAUUGGGUGAACUGGAGUCUGACGGAGGUCAGAUAAAGCCCAUUGCACGAUCUAAAACAUCUCACGAGAUUAAAUUAAAUUCCCUCAAGACGAUGGGAGGCGCAAAACCGAAGGGACUAUCGAUAAGAUCUAACUCUGAUAUGAAUUUAUCCAGCAUACAUUCAGCCAAGAAAAGUAUGCACGAUAAGGAACAGGAUUGUUUAAAGCUAAAAGUAACACAAAUAGAUAGUAAUGGACGUCCAAUAUCUCCAGGAAAGGAAUUUGUAAAGAAGAUGAUUACACAGUCACCAAAGGUUAAAGGCUGUGCUCUCAAGGAGGAUACUACAAUUAAUAAAUGUACAAAAAAGCAAUUGAACGACGGUGUUUUUAAGAAGCCAUUACUGCCCAAAAAGAAUAUCAACAGGCUCCCCAAACCAGAAAAAUUGGUUCAUUGGCACGACAGUCAACAUGAUUUUGAUUACGGAUAUAUUGAGACUGCAGAAAAAGAAUUUAGAGAUUUACUCUCCAAGGGAAAAGAGAACAUAAAGCCUUGUGAAGAGAAUGUAUUUGUGUCAGAAACCUUGGUCAUGCCAGAUAUCUCGAAGUUUACUCUCGAUAAAACUCUUGAUGAAGAACACAAGAAACUUUUAUUUCCCAACUUAGUUACUCCCGAAGUAUCCGAUAUAUCUGAUGACGAAAAUCUGUAGUGAUAACUAUAAGGAUCAUUUUAAUAUUAUAAUUUAAAAAUUUUUUUCCGUGAGAGUGGAUAUUUAAGAUCAGCUAGUAUUAUAAUAAUUUAUUUUCUCUAAUUGAUAUAUAUUUUUGUAUUGACAAAUGUUGUUAGAGCACUAAUUGAUAAGUCAUUAAGUUACUCCAGAGCAUCAAUAAAAAAAAAGAAGAAAUACUA